CCCGCGCGGGCGAGGGAGCGCUGCUGAGCCGACCCUUCCCGCAGCCGCCCGGCGCGCCGAUUGUAUUAUGGAACUGACCUUGCCCAAGAGUCUCCCUCCCUAUGUGGAUUUGGGUGGGAUGAAUUUGGAAAGGCUCCCGGACGGCUUAAGACCUCCCCAGGCUUCCCACGACGUGGCUUCCAGCUACCAUUUGCAAAGAUCUUCCGAAGCCAGAGAGGCGAUCGAGAACUCCGCCAGCGAGUCGUCCGACACCGAAGUCCCAGAAAAGGAGCGCAGCGGCGUGCAGAAAAGUGACGAUGGGAACGCGGACGACCCUGCCAAGAAGAAAAAACAGAGACGCCAAAGGACUCAUUUUACCAGCCAGCAGCUGCAGGAGCUGGAGGCCACUUUCCAGAGGAACCGCUACCCGGACAUGAGCAUGAGGGAGGAGAUCGCCGUGUGGACCAACCUCACGGAGCCCCGAGUCAGGGUGUGGUUCAAGAACCGGCGUGCCAAGUGGCGGAAGCGGGAGCGCAACCAGCAGAUGGACCUGUGCAAGAACGGCUACGUGCCACAGUUCAGCGGCCUGAUGCAGCCCUACGAGGAGGUGUACGCCGGCUACCCGUCCAACUACUGGCACGCCAAGAGCCUGGCGCCGGCGCCGCUCUCCUCCAAGGGCUUCACCUUCUUCAACUCCAUGAGCCCGCUCUCGUCGGCCCAGUCCAUGUUCUCGGCGCCCAGCACGCUGCCCUCCAUGAGCAUGCCCUCCUCCAUGGGCCCCUCGGCCGUGCCGGGCGUGCCCAGCUCCGGCCUCAACAACCUGAGCGGCUCCUCGCUCAACUCGGCCAUGUCGUCGCCCGCCUGCCCCUACGGCCCGCCCGCCUCCCCCUACAGCGUCUACCGGGACACCUGCAACUCCAGCUUGGCCAGCCUGCGGCUCAAGUCCAAGCAGCACUCGAACUUCGGCUACGGCGGCCUCCAGAGCCCCGGCUCCACCCUCAACGCCUGCCAGUAUAACAGUUGACGGGCCCGAGGGGCCGCGGCGGCGGGGAGGCGCUCCGGAGGAGGACGGUCGCAGGCAGGCGCGGACCGGCAACCGGCGGCGGCGGCGGGAGAAGGAGGCGCCCGGCUCGGACCUGAACACGUGGAUGAGUUGCAAUGUCUUUUUCUCCUCUGGAUGAUGCGGGUUUUGUAUGUGUGUUUACUUGAACUUGCACAGGACUUUCUUCUAUAAGCGUCCACUUUAUACGAGGAAAUACGGUAA